GGUCCCUCUCUCAGCAAGAAUGAGCAGCCAAAGAGCACAUGGAAGCUGUGCCCUUGCUGAGAAAGUGGCUGUGAUCACUGGGUCCACAAAAGGGAUCGGCCUCGCCAUCGCCAGGCGUCUGGCCCAGGACGGGGCCCACGUGGUGGUCAGCAGCCGGAAGCAGCAGAAUGUGGACCAGGCUGUGGCAGCACUGCAGGGGGAGGGGCUGAGUGUGACAGGCACUGUGUGCCACGUGGAGAAAGCUGAGGACCGGGAGCAGCUGGUGGCCACGGCCCUGGAGCACAGUGGAGGUGUGGACUUCCUGGUGUGCAAUGCUGCUGUCAACCCCCUGGUGGGGAGCAUCAUGGGGACCAGUGAGCAGGUGUGGGACAAGAUCCUGAGCGUCAACGUGAAGUCCCCAGCCCUGCUGCUGAGCCAGCUGCUGCCCCACAUGGAGAAGAGAGGGGGUGCUGUCAUCCUGGUCUCUUCCAUUUCAGCUUAUAUACCACAUGUGGCGCUGGGUGCCUACAAUGUCAGUAAGACAGCCCUGCUGGGCCUCACCCGGACUCUGGCGUUGGAGCUGGCCCCCAGGGGCAUCCGGGUGAACUGCCUGGUUCCAGGAAUAAUCGAGACUGACUUCAGCAAAGUGUUAUAUAAGAAUGAACCUCUCUGGAACAAACUCAGGGAAAACCAUCAGCUGCACAGGAUAGGGCAGCCUGAGGACUGCGCAGGCCUCGUGUCCUUCCUGUGCUCUCCAGAUGCCAGCUACAUCACCGGCGAGAAUAUCGUGGUGGCUGGAUUCUCUUCUCGGCUCUGA